GCCGCCAUGUUGGAUGUGACGUUUAGCGGUGUUUCCGGUUGGCGAGCGCGUCCACGUGUGUUGAGCUGCAGGAGAGAGAGAUGGAGCAGUCAGGCGGUGUGCUGAAGCCGAAGACCAGGCGCUCUAAGCGCUUCCUGCAGAACAGAGAACCCAAACUGACGGAGAACUCGAAGAACACCAUGAUCAUGAAGGGAGGGAACACGAGCGAGACGGUCACACACGCUCUCAAGGACUUGUACCUGUUAAAGAAACCAAAUGCUGUUCUGUACAAGAAGAAGAACAUCAUGAGGCCAUUUGAAGACUCCACGUCAUUGGAAUUCUUCUCUAAGAAGUCCGACUGCUCGCUGUUCCUGUUCGGUUCCCACAACAAGAAACGACCCAAUAACCUGAUAUUCGGUCGCAUGUUUGAUUUUCAUGUCUUGGACAUGUUCGAGCUCGGCAUUGAGAAGUUCACAUCGCUCAAAGACGUCAAGAGUGGUAAGUGUGCAGAGGGGACGAAGCCCAUGUUGGUGUUUGCAGGUGAACUGUUCGAGACAGAUAGAGAAUACGUGCGCCUCAAGAAUGUCCUAACAGAUUUUUUCCGAGGUCCGUGUGUGCCCGCUGUGCGUCUCGCUGGUCUCGAUCACGUUCUCCACUUCACUGCUCUGGACGGUAAAAUCUACCUGCGCAGCUACAGGGUGCUGCUGAAGAAGUCAGGCUGUCGGACGCCGAGGAUCGAGUUGGAGGAAAUGGGUCCGUCGUUAGACCUGGUUGUAAGGAGAACUCACCUGGCCUCGGAUGACCUGUACAGGACGGCGCUGAGACAGCCCAAAGGAGUCAGGCCCAAGAAGAAGAAGAACAUCUCCCAUGAUGCCUUUGGCACUAAAUUUGGCCGCCUGCACAUGCAGAAACAGGACCUCAGCAAACUGCACACGCGCAAGAUGAAGGGACUGAGGAAGAGGAAGGAAGCCGUUUCCAAGGAAACCGGAGAGACAAGAUCGCCUAAGAGAUCCAAAACUCAGGAAUAAAGGCAUUUUCUGAA